UCACUCCCAUCUUUAAUCUAACAAAUUCGAUCUUCCCUUUUGGUUUAAUCCACAAACAAUUCACAACCCUCUUCCUCAAAUCACAAAAAGUUUCGAUCUUUACGCCUCAUUCCCCAUUUCCGGAUGACUCCGGCGACAUACUUCCCUCUCCGGUGGGAGAGCACCGGUGACCAGUGGUGGUACGCCUCCCCGAUCGACUGGGCCGCCGCCAACGGCUACUACGACCUGGUCCGCGAGCUCCUCCGCCUCGACGGCAACCACCUCAUAAAGCUGACGUCCCUCCGCCGCAUACGCCGGCUGGAGACGGUGUGGGACGACGACGAGCAGUUCCACCACGUCGCCGCCUGCCGCUCCGCCGUGGCCCGGCGGCUGCUGGCGGAGUGCCAGCUCAAGAACGGGAAGAACUCCCUCAUCGGCGGCGGCUACGGCGGCUGGCUCCUCUACACCGCCGCCUCCGCCGGCGACGCCGCAUUUGUGAGGGAGCUGCUCGAGAGGGACCCGCUUCUUGUCUUCGGCGAGGGGGAGUACGGCGUCACGGAUAUUCUCUACGCCGCCGCCCGGAGCAAGAGCGAGGAGGUUUUUAGGGUGGUGCUGGAUUUCGCCGCCGCGCCGAGGUUCGCCGGCGGGGAGGAGCAGGCCGGGGAGAUUCCGGCGGCGUAUAAGUUGGAGAUUAUGAAUAGGGCUAUCCACGCGGCGGCGAGAGGCGGCAAUCUCCGGCUGUUGAAGGAGCUGCUUCGGGAUUGCUCGGACGAUGCGUUGGCGUAUCGGGACGUUGGGGGAGCUACCGUCCUGCACGCCGCCGCCGCCAGAGGCCAGGUUCAGGUUGUGACAGAUCUUGCUUCGUCUCCCGGCCUAAUCGACGCCACGGACAACCAAGGUAACAUGGCCUUGCACGUGGCAGCUCAACGCGGCCAUCUAGCCGUCGUUGAAGCCCUAAUCCUAGCCUCUCCUUCCUCCAUCUCCGCCACCAACAACACCGGAGAGACAUUCCUCCACGCUGUCGUCUCUGGCUUCCAAAGCCCCGGUUUCCACAGACUAGACCGCCAGCUCGAGCUCAUGAAGCACCUCCUCUCCGGGAACCUCUUCCCCGUGGAAGACAUCAUAAAUGCCAAGAACAGCCAAGGCAGAACCCCUCUCCAUUUAGCCAUCUUAGCCAACACUCACUCCAAUCUCGUCGAGCUCCUCAUGACCGUCAAGUCCAUCGAUCUCAACAUACGUGACCAGGAUGGCGCCACGCCCCUCGAUAUCCUGAGGCAGAGGCCCCUGUCUGCCUCCUCCGAGCUGCUCACCCGACACCUCAUAUCCGCGGGAGGGAUCUUCACCUCCCAAGACUACUCGGCUAGGCGCGUGAUUGCCUCCCACAUCAAGAGGCAGAGCAUGGGGAGCAGCCCGGGGACGUCUUUCCGGAUAAGUGAUGUAGAGAUCUUCUUGUACACCGGCUUGGAGAAUGCCUCGGAUGGCAGCCGCAGCGUUGGCCUCAGCUCGUGCUCCCCCGAGGUGGUGGUGGUGGAGGCGCGUAGUAGCAAGGCCUCUGCAGCGCAGCGCCUCAAACGCCUCCUGCAUUGGCCUAAACGGGCGAAGAAGCCAGUGCAGGAGGAGGGGGUUCCUCUGCCUCUGAGGCAGAGGUUCUCGAAGGCGCCUUCUUCAACGAGCAAUAAACGUACGCUGUCUGUCCGGAGCAGCCAGCCGAGCCCUACGGCUAAGAAAAGGUUGGCCUCGGGAGUCAUGCACGGGGUGAUGCAGUCAAUCCCCAGGGGGGCUCAUAGGUCGCGUUCGAGUUCCUUCUCGAAGAUUUCGUUUUCGUCGCAGGGGUCAUUGGAGGCUCCGCCUCCUCUGGUUGAGCAUGAGGCCCCAAAGGCCUCGUGCUCGAAUGAGGAAGGGGCGAGGAGGCAUGGAGUGGUGAAUAGGAGGUUGGUGAUGAAUCAGUAUUUAUGCUUUGGCGGCCCGAGCCAGGGUGGGGUCGAGGCGCCUGAGACGUACGAGGUGUACGAGAGGUCGGUACUCGCGGCGGCGUGAUCAGAGAGAGGGUAUUGUCAAGAGGUAGAGAAGGUGGUGGUGAUUAACUAGUUUUGUACAGAUGGUUUAGGUGGAGGGAAAUGGAAUUUUAUUUGAGUGUUUUAUCUUUGUAUUUUAAUGAAAUACUACUAUGUUAAAAACCUGGAUCAUCUCAAAUUCAUAGGGCAUUUAAUA